AUUUAGUUACGAUUCAACUACCAUUCAUCACAUCGACAACGAGGGCAAGAUUUCACGACAUUUUCUUCGCCUCGCUCAUCCUGCUCCUCCUUCUGCACCCAGCUCCGAACCCUCUUCAUCUCCACAAUGUUUCGAAAUAAUUAUGACAACGACUCUGUCACAUUUUCACCUCAAGGCCGAAUAUUCCAGGUAGAAUAUGCACAAGAGGCGGUCAAGCAAGGCUCGGUCGUUGUCGGUGUCGCCAGCAAGAAGCACGUAGUUCUCACGGCUGUCAAGAGAAACGCCGAAGAAUUAUCAUCAUAUCAGAAGAAGAUUGUCGGUGUGGAUGAUCAUCUAGGCGUUGCCCUCGCAGGCCUGGCAUCCGACGCCCGCGUAUUAUCCAACUUCAUGAAACAACAGUCGCUAUCCUCUAAGAUGACCUAUGGACGAGCCAUACCCGUUGAGCGCAUUGUCAAUCAGAUUGGCGACCGAGCACAGACAAACACCCAACAUUACGGCAAGAGACCCUACGGUGUUGGGCUUUUGGUUGCUGGCGUCGAUGAUCUUGGUCCUCACCUUUUUGAAUUUUCCCCGUCAGGCAUGACCCAGGAAAUGCUUGCCUGCGCCAUUGGUGCUCGAAGUCAAAUGGCUCGGACGUAUCUCGAACGACACUUGGACGAGUUUGCGGAUUCGAGUCGGGAGGAAUUGAUCAAACAUGCUCUUCUGGCAUUGAAAGAGAGUCUGGCCCAGGACAAGGAAUUGACGGUGGACAAUACUAGUCUGGCAAUCAUCGGUGUUGGAGAAAAGGAUGGUCGGAAAAAGCUCGAGGCGUGGAAGCUCUACGAUGGACAAGAUGUUGGACCUCUUCUCGAGGCCAGUCUGGAGUCAUCGUCGGCAGAAGGUGCUGGUGGAGAUGCCAUGGAAACAGAUUCCUAGAUCGAAUUACAAGCAUCCGGCACGGCGUUUGGAGCGGACCGAAUCAAUACUGUGACAGUGGAUACACCCAAUACCACAAAUGGGACGAACCCAAGUCUAUGAGAUGUUUUUUUUGAUUCCGAAUGCUGUAGUCUAUCUAUACUUUGAUGGUCUCCCAGUCCAACUUGUAUCUGCCAGGGGCUACCUGGUAGUCACGCAAGGCAGCCAGGACGUCGUCAGUACUCUUGACCUCGACCAGGAUGUUGGCCUGCCCAGGGCUGAUAAAGCCCUCUCUAACACUGUUUCUGACCAGCUCCAGAAGACCAUUCCAAUAACCAUUGAUGUUGACGAGGACAACGGGAAUCGAGUGGAUGCCGAGUUGGUUCCACGUCACCAUCUCCAUGACCUCCUCCAUGGUGCCGUAUCCUCCUGCCAAAGCGAUAAAGCCAGAGCCAGCUCCUCCCUGCUCGAC